ACAGAGUGAUAGAAAGAGUGGAGUAACGACGAUGUUAUAGUCGCCUUCUAUAGUCUACAAAAUUUUUUAGCUGAAUAGAAUCGACAUGUCGUCCUCAUCGAAAAGAACAAACUCAGGGCCUUUGGUUACGACAAGCGAUGAAGAAGAAUUGGAUUCUCCAAGAAUAAAUAAUAAUUCGGAUAGUUCUUCUACCUUUAGCCCUCUUCCACUGCAGGAUCACGAUUACGAAAGUUUAGGAUCUCCUAAUUCGUCUACAGCAAGUGGACCUACAUAUGUAAGAAAACCAGGGUUUGAGCAUCACGCCCACGAGUUUCAAGAGAAGAAGCCUAUAACAGUGAGACGUAACAAGUUGAUGAGAUUUCACGCCAGUCAGCAACCUGCACCAGGUCUUCGGAAACAACCUGCACCGCCAAAGUUGUGUAAACCAAGGCAUAAAGAACCGAAACCUUUACCAAUGAGACUAAGGGCAUUCCCACAAUCCUUCUGGCAACAACCCAAUAGGCCCUCUCAUGUUUCUCCAGCAGUCAACUAUCCAAUUCUUCCGCCUCUUGGAACCAAAGACAGCGACGAAGAAGUUCGCCCAGUAACACCUCCGUCCAAAAUGGCACCUAAAGGUGAGAGGAAGAUUUCGGUAGCCAAUCCUGAUUUGCUGAAUAAACUCUUCGAAAGCGUGGAAAAAGGGCAAAAUGUUGUUGUCGCCCCCGCCAGAAGAGGAAGGCCAAGAAAAGUUCUCUCCUGCUCUAAUAAGACACUCGUUACGGGAGAAGAUCCAUAUUUAUUGGAUGCUGUUACUGAUAAACUAUUUCCUCAACUGAACUUGGAUAAUAAAAAUGCUUCUGCAGCUCUUCAAUUAAUAACUUUAAGGGAAGGGGAUAAAAGUAUAACCCUACCGUCGUUGAGUAUUGAACAAAAUUAUCCUCAAAUGCUAUCAGAGUUGGUAGCAAACAUUUGAGAUAAGUAAGUUGAAGAAGAAGAAAGAGAAGAAGUGGAAGGAAGAGGAGGAGGAGAAGGAGGAGAAGGAAUCAGAAGAGAAGGAAUAGAAGAAGGAGAAAAACGUCAAUGGAAAGAAGACGAAGAUGAAGAUAAUCAGAGAAAGAAGAAUAGUAAGAAGGGAAAGAAAAUUCAAGAUAUUACUGUAUUCUCAUACUUCCCUUAUUAACCGGUCAGUCUCUCUCUCUCUCUCUAUUUAUCUAUUCAUAUAUUUAUAUAUCCUUAUAUUCUAUCUCUCUCUCUUUUUUUUGCUCUCUCUCUGUAUCUUCCAAGUAAGAUAUAAUGCUAUACAUAUAUACAUUUAUAGACCAAUAUGUAUUCGUACGUAAGUGUAUAUGUAACUGUUACACGCAUCUCCGCCUUCCUAACUUCUCUCAAUUUCUCAAAAUGGGCAAUUAAUUUUAGUUAAGAAAAACAAAAACUGUGUGUGAAUAAUUUCUGCAGAGCUAACAAAACACUUGGUAAGUGUUUCCUUUUAAAAUUUUUAAAAGGAACAUCAACUAAAGAGUUACUGUUUAUAAUAUUAAACGAAAAUCCUAAAUCGUAUUAAGACCUAGUAUAGUAUUCAAAUAUAUGAAUUAUAAGAAAUAAUAAUAAAUAAAAGGGACGUAAAUACUUCAUAAUUUAUAAGAAGAGGAUUUUUAUUUUCUUUUGAUAUUUUUAACAUUUUAAGAGAUAUUUUUGACAAUUUAUUAAUGAUAAUAUAAAUGAAAUGCGAAGUGAUAAUUUCCCUUUUCCUUACAAUUCAAUUUAGUUUAAUAAUAAUACUUUUAUUUGUGUGUUGUGUGAAUUUUUGGUACGAAAAACACUUAUUCAGUCUCUGUAUCUCUCUCUCUCAAAUUGUUUUUGUUUAUUUUUGUUUCUCUUCUUUUUGUCUACAAAAAGAAAUAAGCAUAAAAGAAGAUAAUAGAAUUUGUUGAAUUUUUUUUAGUAGUAAAUAAGCGAAAAGAAAAAAAAUAUGCAAUAAAAUAUUAGCAGAGAGUUUAUCUGUUCAUUCUUCUACUUUUGUAUUUAUUCUAUUGAGGGAGAAAUGAAAAGUAGGAAAACAUAUACAGUGUUCACAAACCCGAUUAACAAUCCGUCAACCGUAUUCGACUAACUGACUGAAUGAAUGACUGAAAGAAAGAAACGUAACGCGGGCACGGCACACGUCGGUUAAUUAAUUAUACAAAGUCCAUAAUAAUCAAGACCCUUGUUUUUUUUUUGUUAUAUUUUUCUUUACUCUUUCUUUCUUUUUUUAUAUGCCAUUUUUUUUCUACUUAAUUGAACAUUUUCAAAAACCAGGUCAAUCAGUACAAAAACGACAACAGUAACUCUUUAACUGACGUCAUGCAACUGUAUUUUAUACACUUUUUACUCUCUCAAUAGCGACUCUACUGUUUGUAUAGAUACUUUUGUCACAAAAUCAAAGGACGAUAGUAGUACUUAAGUCAAUUUAUUAACGAAUUAUAUACAACAUAUACAUAUAU